UUUUCUGAGAGCCUUACCUCGUGUGUCUCUGUACUAAAUUUUCGGUGUAAGGUUGUGGCUAAGGAUGUCUUCCUCUCAUGACUGGAUUAACACCCCCCUCGCAGUCGUUGAAGAAAUAUUUGGUAAGAUCAGCAGCCGGACUCUCCUUUCACCGGCAGACAGACAGACUUGCGCGGUGCUGUUUAGCCCUUUAGCUUGUUGCGGAGUUCAGUCCCACGCUCCUGGAGCUUCUUCAGUUCCCACUCCUCCUGCAACUGUUCGUAUUAUUGAAACGUGGGUUCGCAUCCUGUACCCACCAGCAGGCGUGCAGAUCUACAUGAACAUUUCCACUCUCAGUUGUACUCUGGGGCACAGUGAGGGUUGUUGAUUUUGGCAUGUAAAUAUGAACGGCUGUAUGAUCAUGCGACGAGCUGCAGAAGUUGUGAACUUUCUUUGCUUGUAUUGGUCAAGGAUUGCAUGGGUAUGAGUCAAGCUUGUUUACUCCUGGACACUCACACAUCCAAGACAAAACAAAUAUUUAGAAUUAUUUUCAAAGAUUUAUGUUUUUAAAAUUCUAAUUUAUUCAGAGGCAUUAAAUGUAAAUUUAUAUUAUUCCUGUUAGUUUUAGAAGAAAAUAAAGUAGUAAUAAAGCCCUAAUAUCUUGAAAGUAAAAUUGUCAUAACAAUAAGGUCAUGAUAAAGUUGUAAAUUUGGUUCACAGUGAGCUGCUGCCUGUAAAACCUGAGAGAGUUGGAGUAUCUUCUUAAAGCUCCUGUUAGGAACUUUUGGUGUGUGUUAGUUUUGGAACCCCUCCGGGGGGACAAUAUAGUCUUUAUUUAUCCUGCUGCAACACGCUUGAAUCUCAGAUCUCAUUCAGCUGAUUUUUGACAGUCAAAUUUAUCAUUCAUUGUGAUUAUUUUAAAAAUAAUAAAACAGGGCUGUGUCUACAGCUGUCUACCCCCCUCACACAAGUUUCAGACAAUAGAUAAGAAUAUAAACAUCUUCAGUCAUGUUGAUUAUAGCUUUGUUUGCCUUUGUAUCCCAUUAAGAGGCAUCACAAUGAAUUUCAGUCAAUUUCCUAAACAUCAAAAAACUCCACAUUUAAGUGAAUAUUUUGUCACCACAUUGUUAUCAGUAUCAGGACUGGAGGAGGUCCACGAAUGACAGAUUCUGCACUGAUUAUGAGAGAUCAGGCUGAUGUAUAAUGCCGAUAUUACAUUGUUUUUGUCUAUUUUUUAUUUUUAUUUUUUUUUGCAUUUGACAAAAGACAAUAAUUUGGUACUAAUAAAUAUAAAAAUUUAGCAAGCAGCGCUUGAGUGAAUAUCAUAUCAAUUAGAUGUAGACAGAAGGAUGUUUGGUUCAAUAAGAUAACACCACAGGAGUCUAUUAGACUUCUGUUCAGAUCUCAGACUUUGUUAAGAGAGAAAAAAUAGUGCAUGUUCGAUACUGGAGUUAGAAAUUAGAAAAAAAAAUGUCAUGUACAGUUAGUUACCUAGAAAGUCAGUUAAUGACCCUUGGAUGGGUUCAUUCUGAAAGAGGAUGAAAAAACAUACUCUAAAAGUUUUACUUCAAGCAAUAAACAUUUGACAUAAAUAUAUGACUUAUCAGUUACACAUUUUUAGCUAUCUUUGGGAAAGGGAAUAUUGGUGAAAUUUACCUAACAGAACUCAUUACACUCCGUGUAGUGCAUUGGUAUUUAUUGCCCGGUGUGUGUUAUAUUGUAUGACAUUGUGGGUAUGAUUGUUGUCGAUGCAGUACAACAGUAAGCCCCUCCAGACACAAAAUGACCACAGAAAUAACUUUGCAUCUUAUUGUCUCCUACCUUCUCCAAAUAAAAUGGAGCAUUUCAAGUCUGUUAUCAUCCACAUUGUAGAAGCAUGAUGUAUGAUUUAUGAAUUAAGUAAUGCUCUCCUCUGUUAUUUUAGCAUCCUCACACAGCAGUCCUGACUCAGGAUGGGAGUCAAAAGCAGUUGAUUUCUUUCAGGGACAUCUGAAAAAGGACUGUGCUGAUACCUGGGUAAUGCAGUUCCUGAUGUUUCCAGUAAUUCUCACAAAAAACUACGGAGCCAUGGCCUGCUAAAGCUGGUAUUCUUGUAAUUGACUACCACCUUUAUUCUGGUGCAGGUCCCGUCCUUGAAUGAUGUGCCUCUGCACUACCUGAAGCCCAACAGUCUGGUGAAGUUUCGCUGCUUAAUACAAGAUAUGUUUGAUCCAGAGUUCUACAUGCAAGAGUAUGAGACCAUGGAUCCAUCCACACAGGCCAAAGUAAGCUCUCCUGUAUCCUCCCUGAGUAUAGUCAGUACAUCAUCUUUGCUUGUGAUAAUGUGUGAAAUGCUUCUCUGUUCUCGUAUGUUUCUAGGUGUUGCGAUGUGGGAAGUACAAAGAUGUGACCGAAUGUGGGGUGAGUCAGCCCCCGUGAGUCUCCUCAAGAAAUCCAAAAAUCCCUCAUCUUAGAUGUGGUAACAGCAUUGUGUGUCACUCUGCAGGUGGAUUUCAACUCCAGGAACAUUGUGACUGCAGAGAGACAGACCUUCUACUGUGUACCAAUUCCCGGAGAAAGUCCCUGGGUGAAGGAAAUAUCCUUAUUCUGCUUUAGUCCUGUACUAAUUUUUUCAUGGGCUGCAUUCAAAGACCGCUUCCUAGUUUUCUUUAACCCUCUCACAGCUAUGCCAGCUCCAGCCAAGUGAAAGUGGUCCCUUCAACCUCGUAUGCACCAACCAGACAGAAGCGGAGCUAUGAAGAAGACGAGGACAUGAACACACUGAAGCAGAAGGAGCUGCUUACUGGUAUGUGUGAAGUUGGACACAUGGAGCUCAAUGCAAAACACAAUCAUUUAUUCCUCUGGUGUGUUUAAUAAGUCAAGCUUUUAGUUAAUUAAAAGAAAAGACGGGAAUCAAAAUCAUGCAACAAUGAAAGAGAGACUGUGGUCAAAAAAGCAGAUUGGUUCUUCUGUCCCUGCAGGUCCUCAGAUUCCCACAGAGCAGCCCAGAAGUGGAGACUUUAAAAGGCAGGAGACAGAAGCACCUUCCAGCCAAUCAGCCUCUGCCUCACCCCUUGACCUCAACUUCCCCUUACCAGGAGAGAAAGGCCCAUCCUGCCUACUUAAGGUAGGUGAUGUCCAUAGAAAACCGGUUAAUCAGUCAUACUAAUAAUCGAUAUUCUAUCAGUCAUGGCCCUCACAAUAUCACAAGCUGAUAUCACCAUCAUCUGAUCCGAACUGAAAUACGCUUCCCAUCACUAAUGACUAUGAGUCAUGAGGAUUGAUAUCUGGGUCCAUUAAAUACCUAGUUUAUCCUUUUUCACAAAAUCUUCCAAGAUCAUAACGUUUGAGCUUAUCAAGUCUGCCAUCAAGCCGUGAGGGUCCCAUGAGUUAACGUUAUACUCCAGCUGCUGGUGCUGCCAUCCUCCUCUUCACCCACAGCAGCCGGGGUGAACACUGCUAGACUUUAGAGCAAGUCCAGCCAGUCAGCAGAAAAACAGCCAAUCAGCUUAUUAAUGGAGGUGACAGACGAUUACCUUGUGAGGUGUUCAGGGCCAGGUCGGUUGAAAGUAGAUCAUAACCUCAUCACGAUGUGUUGAAUGGUCACGUCCAGAAAAAGAAAUAUAGUUUUUGGUGAAAUAUCUGCAUGAAUUCAAUAGUGUGAAGGAAGAGGAUAAUAGAGAGACUCAAUAGCAGUAUUGAUAAGGACUCGGAUCAUGAAGGAGUCUCGAUGAUGGCAUCAGUGUCAUUAAAAUGAGUGAACCCCAUCCCUACGAAUGAGAGAUUAAUGUAUGAAAACAUGUUGGUUUUUAACUCAAGUAUUCACCUUGUUUUUUUCUGCCUUAAUCAUUUCAUCCAGCAGGACAGAAAUCCCAGAGUCCAUUGUGGUGAUGCUUUACUGAGCCAAACUGUUUCUGUUUACAUGUAUUUGAAUAAAAAAAAUCACUCGUGUUCAGUUAACAAACAACAACAUCAAUAAUGACAAUAAGAUACCAACUACAAACUGAUAUUGGUCCAGCACUAGUUAUGUGUCCACCACAGGGUUUUAGUACUUUUUAUACCCUCAUUUGGUUUCUGUAGGUUGGACCGUAAACACAGUAGCCCUCAUUUUUCAUCGUACAAUAGGACGCACGUGAGAUUUAUGAAAGGGUUCGUAUCUGACCAAUCCCAGCGUACGUAUGAUCGGGUCUUGAUAAAUGCAGCGGCUGAAAUCGAUCAACAUGUUUACGCCCUUAACUAUUCGUGGUUCAGAAGCCUCUCCCAAUGAGGUCAAACAUGAAAGAACAGAAAUAUUAGAAAGAUUCGAAACUUUUCCGAGCUUAAAGUGGAUAUCCUCGCGUCUGUGUUGGAAACUAACAAAGAUUUGUUCUUUGGAAGCAUCAAAACUGGUCUAAAAGCAGUCCAGAAAACUCCUGUCUGGAGCAGGAUUAUGGAGGCGCUGAACAGCGCUGCCGCGGAAUAGUGGACAGUGGCUGAAGUUUGAAUCAAUCAUUAGUCAAUAAGUUGCUCAUGAUGAUAAAUUAAUAUCUCAUACAUGCCUCUUUUUCUAAAAUUUCCAUGACACGGGGUACGUUGCUCCUAUUAUUGAAAGUAUUUAGUUUUAAUUUGUUGCGUCUUUGUAAUGUAGAGCAGACUGGAGAGUCUGACAGAGGCUGAACAAAAAUAAUUAUUAACAUUACCUAAUGGUGUGUUGCUGCCCCUGAGGCACAUUUUUAUGGAUUUCUAUUGGAUUUUAUCACUGAUUAAAUAGCAAGAGCACUUUCUAAACGUAUAUUUUACAUGUCAGAAUCCAUGGAUAAGGUCCUGUCUCCUCUGUACAGCACCUUUGUGGAGUCUUUCCUCGUUAUUGUUCUCCGGGCAUCGGGUCCUCACGUUGCAUCGGCACAGCCAACGGCACUCCAUGCACCAGUGCAACAUUGUGCAAAACUAUACUGGCCCAAAUGAUGUCCCACACCCUUUCAUGAGUGUACAACAACGUCUCCGCUGUUGGGCUAAGACUUGUAGGAGUCAAACACAGUGCUCUACAGUGGCGCGUGUAAGCAAUGUUAAAAUGGCGCUCCUGCUCUGUGGUAGUAUUUCUGCGCAGAGUUAUCAAAUAGACCUAUUCACUAAGGACAUAACUUUAUUUUAUUUUAUUUACGUCUUAAUCGUGAAUGAAAUCUGUCUGAUUGUGCUUAGUGACAGGUUUGAGGUUUGUAUAUCAAUUAUUUGAGACAGAUAUUUGCUGCACCGCAGAUCCACACUGACUCAAACUUGCGUACACGAUGUCAGACCUGUCGAGAUUUGGUCGUAGCGUACGAUCACGUGCAGCUUGAUAAAUGCUGAUCCUCACGUCAAAAUUUUCGUACGCAAGGUGUACGCAAGUUUUCUGCCGUACGCAAGCUUGAUAAAUUAGGGCCAAUGACUUGGUAAGUAAGAGAGUCCAUCACUUUUUCUGUGAGGACAAUUCAAAAUGAUGCCUCCACCUUCAGCAGGCCCUCUGAAAUUCAAAGUUUCUUGGUGUUGGCAGGUGUACGAGGACUGGGAUAGUUACAAACUGAACGAUACUCUGGAGGUCUACGGGAUCCUCUCUGUGGACCCAGCUCUCAGUGCUUUGGCUGAAAAGAAGUAAGACAUACAGUAUAAUUCACAGGGAUUUGACUCUGGUGGUGCAUGUGAUUGUUUUGAACCUCCUCUGGGUGUGUCUGCACAGUGAUGUCUCCUCAUCCCUCCUGGACCCCACAGAGUGCAUGGAAACAGCAGAGGAACAGAGAGUGCACAGCCCGCCGGCCUCGCUUGUUCCUCGCCUCCACAUGAUCUAUGCCAAGCAAGUGCCAAACAACAACCCCCUGCUACCCUCCGACGUCCUGGAGGACAAAAGUUGGUGUAGUCAAAGUUGUCCCCGUUUUCUUUCACAAUAUAAGAGAACAUGCCUGUCGUUUCCAUAGGAACACGUUCUAACUCUUUGUCCUUCCUCUCCAGCUUUAUCUUCAACCCUGAGUGAGAUGGCCUCAGUCAAAGCAGAGCUGCACACGUACUUGACUCAUGUUCUUCUGGGGGAUGCUCUGGCCGCCGAGUACCUCAUUCUGCAUCUCAUUUCUAACGUGUAAGUCUCCUCUGUAAAGUCUACACCGGUGCUUUCCCACUCGGAGGAAAAACUAAUCUGUGGCAAAAUCCACUCCCCAACUACUGUGUACGGCAGUCAGCUGAUUUGGUGCAAGAAGCAUGCUGGGAUACCUGGCAGUGGGGACCAGGCAAGUGAUGUGACCAGAGAGUAAAAAAAAAUCAAAAUUGCUCUUAAUGAGACAUCUAAUUAAGAUGCAGCCCCACUGCACACUGACAGAGCUAGGUGUUAAACAGUAGGAGGGGUCUAUUUAUAUACCUCAUCAAGGCUAUAAUAUAACCACAUCAAAUGCUACUGGGCAUCAUUUAACCAGAGCCCACUUAGUGACCAGUCCCUAUAGUGUAAGAGCACAGCAGUUCAGAUGUCUGGAGCCAGACCGUAUAUAUCUGAGCUGUGACGCAAAACCCAGAUUUUAAAGCUGAAUCAAUUUAAGGCUAAUACUCUGAAUCAAGUUGGAUCAUAUGACUUUUAGCAGACAAGUUGGCUUUUAAGUAGUGGUUGGAGUGACUAAAUUCAAGACUGACUGUAUAAAAAAACAUGUGAAGCAGCCAGUGGAGCAAGCAGACUCUGGUUUACAUGAGUCAGUUGUGCAGUCAGGUGCACCAUAAACAGGAGCCUCAGUGUGUUUUUGAGUGCAUAUUUUCUCCUGUCACAGUGUCAUUUGUUCACUUAAAGGUACGCCCGACGUGAUGUUCUUCCUUUAGGCAAGUUCACCUUGAACCUAAGUGGAUGUCCAAUGGUUGGUUCAUACACUGAAAACCUCAGUAAGAUCAUCCAGCAGCUUGUGCCUUCUGUAAGUAAAUCUGUGAUUUCAUGCAACUUCCAGAUUUAUGACGGAGUAAGUAGGCCACAUUAAAGAAAAAAAUUCAAAGAUACUGAGUUUUUUUUAAGAUUCACAAAAAUGUAUUAGUCAUUUUCUCAUGAGAACAAAGUCGGAUAAAGUCCUUUUUUUCACAAGAAUAUUUUUAAAACAUUCAGAAGUCAUAAGAAAAAAAGGAGGUGCAAAGUCAUCAAAUAUUUGAGAAUAAAGUCAAAUCAUAAUAAGUCAAGUCAUUUUUUAAUGGGAAUAAAGAGUAGCGGUUAAUUUCUCGCGAGAACAGGUGUAAAAAAAGUCUUUUUUUUCAUGGGAAUAAAUGAAUAAAAAGUAAUUUUCUCAGUCAUGUCAGAAAAACUAAAGUGCGUGUAAAUUCAUAUGAAUUUGAGAAUAAGGUCUCCAUAUCGUGAAAAUAAGCUGUUUAAAAAGUCGUUUUCUCAUGAGAAUAUAUUCAUAAAAAGUAACUUUUCAAUUAAGAUAUAAAUAAGUAGUUUUCUUACAAGAAUAGGAGUGGGAAAACCAAGCCGUAAUGUUUAUUUUAGAAAUCAUGUUGUUACAAAGAUAGUAGUAGAGUGAAGUCAUAAUAUUCUGAGAAUAAAGUCCCCAUCUUGUGAGAAUAAAGUCUUGAUAAAGUGGUAGUUUUGGUUCACGGUGAAGAAUCAGCUGUCUGGACCAAAAUGAGGUCUGUGGAGCGUCUGGUUCGAGUGUCUCUCAUGUUUUUUUGUCUCCACAUUGUUAUAAGGAUCAGGACUCUGAACAGACUGAGCAUAAGGCUGAGACGUGUGGUGUCCUCUUUCAUAACAGCCUUAUCAUGAGGCUGAUGGUUGACUAAAGUAACACCUUUGAAUAUGACAUACUGCGACUUCAGUCAGAUUGACUUUGAAAAAAACUGAAACCUCUGAAACAAAAAUCUAAAUCUGGAAAAAAAAAAUCUUUAAUGUGAGUCUAAUGCUCCAUCAUAAAGAAGUGCAGCGUUUAUUUAUUUGUGUGUUUUAAUAAGAGGAAAGACACUUUAGGGUUUUGAUUUUAUUUUUUGCUGCAGUCGUACUACCUUGGCAUGAGCCUACAAAACAUGAACCAUAUGCGGCUGGUGCCUAAAAAGGAUUAUGUGGGCAACCGGCUGCUAAGUGGAGCUCUGCAGCUGGCCAAAAACACUUUGCUCUUCCUGGAUGAGACCCAGCUGGAGCAGGGACAGCUGGAUACAUCAGGUAAGGCCUCCAGGGUCUAUCAUUUACACAGAAUGUCUUACUUCAGGUCCUCCCCUGCAGUAUGUAGUCUCCGUGUGAUUUGACUGAGCCCACACAAACCACCUGCUUCUGUGUGUUUUUCUUGUUGUGAAGGUGUGCAGAACAUCACGGCCCUGGGUAACCUGAUCUCGUGGCAGAAAGUUGAAUAUGACUUUAACUUCCACCAGAUGGAAUUCCCCUGCAAUAUUAACGUGCUCAUCACAUCUGAGGGCCGCUCACUGCUGCCAGUAAGAACAAAGUGGGAUGGGGCCUGCAGUUACACGGCCGAAACACGCCCCUGAUUGACACUGGCCUCUGACAACCUCAACUCAGUCCCCCAGGGGCGGCCAGGGAGUGGUUAGAUUUCCUUUGGCCUCUCAUGAGACGGCCAUGUCUCAUGCUGGGUGUGGUUUCAGCUUGUGUCACUUACUUAUCUCAGUCUCCAUUGGUUGGCUGUGGCUAGCAGCUAGGCAGCAGUAGCUCAGGUCUUACUCUGGUGCAAACAGCUCCAGGCAUUUGCUAUGUGCUAUUCUUGUGUGUUGGUCAACUGGUUGUCAUGGUGGCAGCUGUGUGCCACAUGAACAAUCCAGGAAGAGGCGACAGAUUUUGUCCUCUAGAAGCCCCACAGUAAAGGCAGCUUUCUAUGGACAAGUCACACUGUGAUUUGAAGAUGUAGAGGUGCGGCUUUAAAAUUAUUCUCACAAAAAAGUUCAAUUUUUCCAAUGAUUUAAUUAAAAAAGUGAAACUUCCAUAUAUUCUAGAUUCAUCACCUAUAAAGUGAAAUAUUUACAGACUUUUUUUUUAAAUUGUGAUGAUUACAGAUCAUCAAAAAAAUCAAAAACCCAAUCUCUCCUAACACAAAAAACACACUAAAAAGGAUAAAUAUUCAGAAAUGUGGACCUUCUGGAAAAUCCUUUUCAUUUCUGUUCUCCGUCCGUGAUCGAGGCUCCUUUUGCUUGAAUAUCUGCAUCAGUGUGUCAUGUCAUGGAGGUGAUCACAAGUCCAGGUCUUUCUGAUCGCUCCUUCAGCUGGUCUGUAUUGUUUCUCUACAGUCUCCCAUCUCUCUUCUGAUGAUCCUCCAGAAACCCUCUAUGGGGUUCAGGUCAGACCAGUUGGUUGGACAAUCAAGCACAGUAGUAUCAUGGUCACCAGACCAGUUUUGAAUUUCCCCUUGUGGGACGAAUAAAGGAAUAUCUUAUCUUAGCAGACCAGUUUCUAGUAGUUUUAGCGCUGUGGGCAGGGUCCAGGUCCUGCUGGAAAAGGAAAUCUGGAUCUCCAUGAAACUUCCCAGCAGAUGAAGCAUGAAGGUGUCUAAAACCUCCUGGUAGACAUUGGGCUGUAUUGGCUGUGGACCCCAGCUCUAAAGUGAACCAGAGUCAGAGAUCAAAGGCUCGAUAAUUAUUUGCAGGUAUUCAGAGGUAAUCAGCUGAUUAGAGAUCCUUCCAGUGGAUUUCUGAUUAUCUGAACUGUUUGCUGUAGUCAUAAAGAUUUGAACAAAAAUAGUCUGUAAAUAUUUCACUCAUCACAGGAGUCGUACACUGAGCAAGAAGGGAAUGCUUAUGAACACUUGUCAGAAAAAAAAACAACAACUUUAUUUAUCCCCAAAGGGAAAUUCUAUUGUCUGUAGUCUCAUUUGUCAUGUCUCAAAAAGUCAUCUACUAUUUAUAGAAGAGUUGUAAAGUCUUAUGACUGUGGGUACAAAAGAUCUUCUGGAUGUAGAAAAUAAUUUGUUGAAGAAAAAGAUUCAGGUCCAAUUGGUGACUUAGUCACUUAAUAUUCAACCCUGAAUUUCCAGCGACACAGACUUCCUUUAUGUUUACCUCGGUCUGUGUGAGUACAGGCAAAGUCACUGGAGACACAAUGGUCUACAGACUGUGUGUCCUGCUGUGCUACUCUCAUCUUCCUUUUUGUCUGUUUACAACUUCAUCACACCUAAAAGGUUCAUUCUGCCUCACCACAGGAUCUACACCUGGUACAGCAGACAUUACAUAGAAUGAAUGAGGUUGUUUAUGUAAUGCUCGCUCCAGCUUUAAACCACUCAGAGGGCUGUCACCACAUUUAUACACUGACUGUUGUGUCUUUUGCAUUUGAUGUCUGAUAAUUUGAGCUUCAAUUGUGGCUCCACGGUUAAAAGCUGCAGGUAACAGAGUCAGCGAGUAUAUAAGUUGAACAGUCAUCCUUCAGCACACUGAUGGUAUGUUAUGUCCUCUCUGUCACUCCAGUCAGACUGUCACGUACACCUACAGUCUACAGUUGACCCGGCCCACAUGGAGGAGUAUGUGAGCAGUAUUCACAUGCCUCUACAUGUUGCAUCACAGCUAAACAAGUUCAGAAUCUACUUGAGUGUGGCUCGGCUGCUGGAUUACACUAUCUCUGAUGAUGUGACAAAGGUAAAGUGAACCAUAAUCUGCCUGUUUUUCUACACUAAUAUUUUGAAGGCAGGAGAAAAAUACCUGGGGGGCUGGUGGCAGUUCCCGUUUCAAGCCUCUUUGUGUAGCUUGAUACAUCACCUGUUUGCUUUCGGUUUUUGUCUUUUUUUGGUGCAGUCAGUUGAGGAUGACUUUGUGGACAUGAGGAAGGAUGAUCCCCAGAGCAUAUCUGCAGAAGAAUUCCACAGAAUGCUUGUUGUUGCAAGGUAGGCUGGGAUUUGUUUUAGUUUUUUUCCCCUCCAAAAGUUAAGGGUCAAAUAAUAAUAUAAUUUGGGGUAUCUGUGGUCUGAAGCAAAAAGAAAACUGACUGUGACUCUGUUGGCAGGUUGCUGUCUCUCAGUCUUGGACAGACCUCUCUGUCCAGAGACACCUGGUCGAGAGUCAAACAUAUUGAAAUUCUGCGGAGAAGCCGACUGGACCAGCACAAGACUGUCAACAGCAUCGAGCAGUAAUCACAGUCACCAGAGGGAUAUUGUUUUGAUUUUCUGC